UCAAAAGGCAAAAAAUUGGGAGAGGACGAAGACACAAGUUAGUGUUGUCUUGGGAGCAGCUGAGUGUAUAUAAACUAGGGCACCAUUUCAAUCCUCAGCUACAAGUUCAGUGGGAUUUUAUCACACAGAGUAAGUUAAACCCUAGACUUGCUACAAUGUCACUUCCUUGUGAAAUGUUGGAUGAAAUACUCAUUCGCCUUCCUGUCAAGGAUCUUCUCCGCGCCAGAUGUGUGUCGAAAGGAUGGUGCUCUCUCAUCGAUAGCACUCCCUUUGUUAAAAGACAUCUUAGUGCAAAUGCUGGUGCUGGAAGUCUCCUUAUUAGGGGCUCUGCUGGAAUUGGAAACUUCUACCUGGCGAGUUUCAAUGCUGCUCAGGAUGAGGCGACUGCUCUUGAAAUUAAUGAUCCGCUCAAGACGCUUCUUGUGGGUGCUCGUAUUCAGGGGGCUGCCAAUGGUUUAGUUUGUGUGUCCAAGAAUAACAUAAAUCAGCUUUUCCUUAUUAAUCCAGCAACCAACAAGUCGAGAAUGAUACCUAGCGCGCCACAGGAGUUUCCGCGUUCUUUCUAUUAUAAUGAGUCUUCUGUAUGUGGCUUUGGAUAUGAUCAUAUUAAUGAUGAUUACAAGGUCGUCAAGAUUGCAGAUUGUUUUAUUCAGUUUCGUGGCAUUAUGGCCAUUGUCUACAGCCUUAAAACCAAUUCUUGGAAACAGAUUCAUAAUGUUCCUAGUAACACUCGGUUCACAAGAGAUUCGGGAGCAUUUGCAGAUGGAGCUCUGUAUUGGUUGGGCAUCAACAAGCCGGUGGAUAUCAAUGACACAUGUUGCAAAGAUUUUCUUGUUGUUUUUGAUCUCGGGCUUGAUCAGUUUAAAGAGAUCCUUAUUCCAGCUAUGAAGGGCCCUGUUAUCAGUUUUAGUACCAGAUGUGUUGAUUCUGAUGGAAGAUCACUUUGUAUUAUUGAUUCAUACCCUGAUUGUCAUACAGAUCUGUGGCUUAUGAAUAAUUCUGGGGCGGAAAUUCCUUGGUCUAAACUAUUGUCAGUGGAGAAUCACCGCACUCAACCUUUUAGAUUUUUCCGACCAGUUUACUUUUCCAGGAGUGGUGAAAGUGUGCUCUUAGAGGUGGACAACUCGAAACUUGUCUGGUAUGACCUUGGAAAGAAAGCUGUCAAGAAUUUUCUGAUUCGUGGGAUUCCGAAUAAGUUUAGUUCACAUGUCUACACUGAGAGUCUCGUGAAGCUCACUGAGGACAAGCUGCUGCAGAAGCCCUCACAAGACAAACCAGAGAUAAAACAACAAAAGAGGAGAGAUGAUUUCCUUUCCAAGGGAUUCAAACUGAGGCUGUAAGAUCUUGUAGGAACAAAUAUGGAUGAGUAGGAUGACAAGGAAUGCACUAGAUGGAAGGGAAGUAGAGCUCUAUAUCGUGUUUGGAACAACUGAGAGUUCACCUGAGCGAUGCAUAUGUUAAUGUUUUUGUCAGUGUUUAUUGCCCCCUCCCCUUUUGUAACUUGAGUUGUUGGCAAGUGUUUAUGUGUUACAAGUACACUGUGAGUUUGAGAAUGGAAUGCAACUGGCAGUAUGAUGAUUAAGAUCUCGUCUGUUAUUUUUACUAGCUUGUUUAAAUAUAACAAUUGAUGUCUUCAUGAUAUAUAUGCUGAAUUGGGUAAA